CUAGUAGAACAAUAGCGGUGGCUUUUCUCCACAAGCCAAACUUUGAGUUUACUGACCGUUACAGUGUUUGUUCCGUUGCGUCUCUGAUUACAUUCAAUUUGAAGUGGAGAUACCCGCCAGUACAGUUCAGCUUUAAUAAUGACAGACACCGCAGCUCUAGUCAAGGAGUUUGAAGCAGCUUGUAAGAGUAUAGAGAACGCGGGGGAACCCGUGCGAACCAAGAUCAGCAUGAGGGACCUGCUGGAACUGUACGCUCUCUUCAAGCAGUCCAAAGUAGGCGACUGCAAUACAGCUCGGCCGAGAUACCCAAACUUUAAAGGAAUGUCGCAGUGGGACGCCUGGAAGAGUAAAACAGGGAUGACAAAAGAGGAAACGAUGACAGGUUACUGUGAUCUUGUGAAGAAUAUAUUCAUAACAAUAGAGUCCGAGUAGUGUUUAAUAUUGUUCAUUAAUUGCACAUUCAUGUGCGACCAAAAUAAGAUAGAACUAUAAUGAGCUCACAAACACCAAGGUUUAAAUAAUGCAAUGUAUAAAAACUUUAAGUUUUAUUUCUUUAUGUGUGACCGCAGUGAUGAAUUUAGUCGUUUUAUACGGCAGUUUGCCAUUUUGAAAAAUUACGUUCUAAGCUGUGAUCUCAGAACGGUGCUUUUCCAUUUUCGUGGGACAAACCUUGAUGAAAAAGUUUUACGUUAAUGCUCAUGUCUAUAAGUAUAUUUUAAAUGUGAUGGGCAGUCAAUGGUAACCUUAGAUUUAGAAUUGCGACGCUCGAAAACAUUGCAGCUUAUUAUGAUAUUAUGAUACGAUGUCUGAGCGCUGU